AUGUAUGAAACACAUUCUGCUGUGGUCAAACACACUGUGGUCAAACACACUGUGGUCAAACACACUGUGGUCAAGCACACUGUGGUCAAACACACUGUGGUCAAAGACACUGUGGUCAAACACACUGUGGUCAAACACACUGUGGUCAAACACACUGUGGUCAAACACACUGUGGUCAAGCACACUGUGGUCAAACACACUGUGGUCAAACACACUGUGGUCAAAGACACUGUGGUCAAAGACACUGUGGUCAAACACACUGUGGUCAAAGACACUGUGGUCAAACACACUGUGGUCAAACACACUGUGGUCAAACACACUGUGGUCAAGCACACUGUGGUCAAAGACACUGUGGUCAAGCACACUGUGGUCAAACACACUGUGGUCAAAGACACUGUGGUCAAACACACUGUGGUCAAACACACUGUGGUCAAACACACUGUGGUCAAACACACUGUGGUCAAAGACACUGUGGUCAAAGACACUGUGGUCAAAGACACUGUGGUCAAACACACUGUGGUCAAACACACUGUGGUCAAAGACACUGUGGUCAAAGACACUGUGGUCAAAGACACUGUGGUCAAACACACUGUGGUCAAAGACACUGUGGUCAAAGACACUGUGGUCAAGCACACUGUGGUCAAACACACUGUGGUCAAAGACACUGUGGUCAAAGACACUGUGGUCAAACACACUGUGGUCAAACACACUGUGGUCAAAGACACUGUGGUCAAACACACUGUGGUCAAGCACACUGUGGUCAAAGACACUGUGGUCAAACACACUGUGGUCAAACACACUGUGGUCAAGCACACUGUGGUCAAACACACUGUGGUCAAAGACACUGUGGUCAAACACACUGUGGUCAAAGACACUGUGGUCAAACACACUGUGGUCAAACACACUGUGGUCAAACACACUGUGGUCAAAGACACUGUGGUCAAAGACACUGUGGUCAAAGACACUGUGGUCAAACACACUGUGGUCAAACACACUGUGGUCAAAGACACUGUGGUCAAACACACUGUGGUCAAACACACUGUGGUCAAAGACACUGUGGUCAAAGACACUGUGGAUAAACACACUGUGGUCAAACACACUGUGGUCAAACACACUGUGGUCAAACACACUGUGGUCAAACACACUGUGGUCAAAGACACUGUGGUCAAACACACUGUGGUCAAAGACACUGUGGUCAAACACACUGUGGAUGAGCCUCUCUAG